AUGGCGGUGGCGUCUCUGGCGCUGGCGCUGCCCCUGCUCCUGCUCCUGAGCCUGGCACCGGCGCCCACUUCGGAAGGUUGCCCGUCGGCCUGCCGCUGCUCUUUCGCCAUGCUGCAGUGCCUGGAACCCGACGGCAUCGCCGGCAUCCCCGCCCUGGCGCCGCAGGAGAGCGAGAACGUGACGGAGAUCUACAUUGAAAACCAAGCGGGCCUGGAAAACAUAACCCAAGCAGAACUGAUCAACUACAAGGAGCUAAAAAACCUCACGGUGACGUCGUGCAAGCUGAGACGCAUCGCCGCCGACGCCUUCCGCCACAACCUCAAGCUGCAGUACGUGAACUUGGCCUCCAACCGUCUGGAGCACAUCUCGUGGAGGGUCUUUCACUUCCUGCCGCUGCUCAACCUGGUUCUGCUGGACAACCCUCUGGCCUGCUCGUGCGACCUCCACUGGCUGCAGCACCGGCAGCGCGGCGAGCGCGCCGACCCGGACGAGCCCCCGUUGACGUGCGUGGCCGCCGGACGCCGAGUGCCGCUCGACUCGCUCGUCGUCGACAACUGCAGUCUGCCCGAGGUCACCAUUCUGCCCUCCAACACCAAAGUCCAGGAGGGGGGCAACCUGACCUUUGAGUGUCACGUGACCGGAAGUCCCACCCCGCAAGUCAAGUGGCGCACGGACGCGCUGCACUCGCGCUUCUUCCCUCAGGAGAGAAUCUGGGGCUCGACGCUGGAGGUGGUCCUGUUCCUGAGCAACGUGUCGUCCAGCGACAACCUGCACAAUCUGACGUGCGAGGCCGAGAACCAGGCCGGGCCCGGGGAGGACGCCGUGCAGCUGGACGUCGAGUUCCCCGCCAGGAUCCUGUACCUGAGGAACGCGGUCCCCAUGCACCACUGGUGCUUCCCGUUCGCCGUGGACGGCAACCCGGAGGCCAACAUCAGCUGGCAGUACGAAGGCUCGGCGCUGAAGGAGACGGCCUUGACGUACACGCAACUCUUCCCCGACUCGGCCGACGGCUCCAAGAAGCACGGCUGCCUGUUCCUGGACAAGCCGACCCACAUCAACAACGGGCGCUACACCCUGCUGGUGGACAACAAGCUGGGCAAAGACCAGGCCAGCGCCGCCGGCAUGUUCAUGGACAACCCCUUCGGACUCUUGGAACCCGAGGGCCUCAUUCCCGUCAUCGACGUGGAUCCAACUCCCGCCAACAAAUCCGUCGCGGACGUCACGGAGAACCUGGAGAGUCGAGUCUCUGUGGUAUCCGUGGCCGUGGGUCUGGCCCUGUUCGCUUGCGCCUUCCUGCUGGCGGCCGCCUUGGUCAUCCACAAGUGCGGACGCGAGUCCAAAUUCGCCAUCCACCGUUCGUCCGUGCUGGCUGCCGAGGAAGAACUGGCCAUGUCGCUGCGCUUCACCAACUUCGGGACCAGCCCGCCGUCCUCGGACGAAGACUCGGGCCUGUCCAGCUUCGUGGAGAACCCGCAGUACUUCUGCGGUAUCCUCAAAGACAAAGACAUGAGUGUGCAGCACAUCAAGCGGGCGGACGUCGUGCUGAAGUGGGAACUGGGCGAAGGCGCUUUCGGCAAAGUCUACCUGGCCGAGUGCGCCAACCUCAGCCUCGACAGCGACAAGAUGUUGGUCGCCAUCAAGACCCUGAAGGACGCCAACGAGUCGACCCGGCAGGACUUCCAGAGGGAGGCGGAGCUCCUGACGGUUCUGCAGCAUCAGCACAUCGUGCGCUUCUACGGCGUGUGCGCCGACGGGGAGCCGCUCGCCAUGGUCUUCGAGUACAUGCGCCACGGAGACCUGAACCGCUUCCUCCGAGCUCACGGUCCCGACGCUGGCAUCCUGGAGGAGUCCAAGAUGGCGCCGGCGGGCGAACUGACCGUACCUCAGAUGCUCCACAUCGCGGCCCAGAUCGCGUCGGGGAUGGUGUACCUGGCCUCGCUGCACUUCGUCCACAGAGACCUGGCCACGCGCAACUGCCUGGUGGGAGAAGGCCUGGUGGUCAAAAUCGGAGACUUUGGCAUGUCCAGGGACAUCUAUAGCACCGAUUACUAUCGGGUGGGGGGCCGCACCAUGCUGCCCAUCCGCUGGAUGCCGCCCGAGAGCAUCAUGUACAGGAAGUUCACCACCGAGAGCGACAUCUGGAGCUUCGGCGUGGUCCUCUGGGAGAUCUUCACCUACGGAAAACAGCCCUGGUACCAGCUGUCCAACAGCGAGGCCAUCGAGUGCAUCACGCAGGGCCGCGAGCUGGAGCGCCCGCGCACUUGCCCGCAACAAGUUUACGCACUGAUGCGCGGCUGCUGGCAGCGAGAACCCCAACAGCGGACGCUCAUCAAGGACAUCCACGCCCGCCUCCUCGCCCUCGUCAAGAACCCGCCCGUCUACCUCCACAUCCUGGCUUAGGCCGCGACGCGCUACACCAGUGAGACGACUCAGCGCGCGGGUGUGUAACUCGCCACGUCUACUACUAGUAUGCAAGUAAGUGACGGGGCUGCGCUACAAGGCCCGAGGAGUAGUCAGCUGAUGUGCACUAGUAGCCUCCUGGACCCCGCUACUAUCACCAUUGCCUUACCAAAUCUGUCCUACUCGUGUACCGAAAUGUCAUACAGUAGAAAACUUGAAAGCAGAAAUAUUACUAGUAAGUGCAUGUAUUUCUACUAGUGCACUAGCCAUUUGAGCAUUUAGUUGAGAUCCGUGAUGUGUGGCUCAAUGUCCAUGCGCUAGUACGCUCUCGUCCUCACUUAAAGACAGUUCAGUGCGCUAGUGGAACAGAUCAGUAUUUAUUUAUUUAUUUAUUUUUUUUUGGGGGGGGGGUUCACUAGUGAUGCCAUUUUCCUCCACUAAUACUGUAUGCAAUAAAACCUUCCAAGUAAACUACUGUGCUCCACAGCGAACACUACUAGGCCCAACGAGGAGGCAUGUGUCAAGCUGCACACUAGUAGCUUCCUAAACCCAAAACGCUCUCGUGCUUUUGCUUUGCAUAGUUGUCCUGCCGUGACGCCAGAGUUGGCCGACGAGCGGUCUAAAAAAGUCAUGCAGUAGUCCAAGAAUGCUGCUCGGGAGACAUUUGUGCUUCUGCUUGUGCAUUGAAUUGUUUCAGUAGUGAAGACAAAGAGUAUACUAGUGUGUUUACUGUACCUGAAGAUGGAUAUUGAGGUUAUUGAAUAAAUUCUCACUAUGAAGGCAAUUCAGCGCACUAGUAGGCGAGUACAUCCUUGAUCUUCAGGUCCACCUGCUGGUGACUGGUACGCUCUUUAUCCUUGUUAGUCAUGUAGUUGGCAGACUAGUAGACCAACGUUAUCCAUCCUACCAGUGUGCAGAGAUCUCGUACAGUAGUGGAAGGGAGGAGCGCGAAAAAUGUGACUCGUCGGACGAUUCUACUAGUGCACCAGAGCCUUUCCACGAGUGCGCUAAAUUGUCUUACUAGUGAGGACAAAGUGCGCACUAGUACACUGACCUUGAGUCAGCGAGCGUCUCUUCUUCUCACGCCACAAAGUGUGCCACCUUGUUUUUGGGAGCCCCCGCAGGAUGCGGGCGGAACUGCAGCCUGUCGGCUUGUCCCCGUCAGGGGUCGCCGCAGCUUGUCAUCUCAGAUGAACGCUCAUAUUUGAGUGAUGAAAAGGCAAACUUGUCAUAGGCUGAUGAGGAUGAGGAUGAUGAAGAUGAUGCGGGUGCGUAGAACCGACUUCAUGCGACAUAUGAUUAUUGUUUUCAAUGUUAGGAGAAUGGGUUUCUUGACUUUUGAAGACAAAGACAGUAUUAACCCCAAAAUACACGCCUACGUACGAAAGUUCAGAUGUUCCUGUUUACGUGUAAUUGACUAUUUACUCAACUGCAGCGGGUACGUGGCUGUUUUGUCCAACUUGCACCCGUUCUCUUUCAUUUUUUUAUUUGAGGUGUGUUUAUUUAUUCAGCUCAGCGGAGGGAGGCCAUUAUUUCAGGGAGAGUUUCAAAAUAAAGCUUGUGCAGUUGGGAGUUGCUCUUUUGAACGCCUUCAAAAUAAAAGUACGGCAGAGGAGAG